UCUCACCAGAGCAUCAAACAUUAUUUGUCUCCUUUAUUAUUAAUAUAAACCGAUUAAUUAAGUAGUUGAACAGUAACAUAUAUAUUAAUAGAUGUCAUAAAUCUUUAAUAUCUGACACUUUAACCAUUUCUAAAUUUGCAGUGAAUUUUCCUUUUAUUAGUUUUAUUAACAUAUUCAUCAUGGUAAAAAGCAAUGAUAGAGGGCUAACGGAACAACUCGAAAAGGAAUUUAGAUACUUUAAAAUUUACGACAAUUACAGGCCGGAUUAUCACAAAUCUGCGGUAACAUCUAAAUUUUAUUCUAAAUAUGAAGCGUUGGAUUUAUCACUAGCAAACGAAGAGUUGGUGAGUACAAUAAAAAAGUACAGAGAUAAAGGACCCAAAGAUAAAUAUGAUUGGUAUCCAACGGAAAAUCAAAGUUACGGUUGGUUCAACACUCCAUUUGUACCGAUUAAUAAAAUGGAUGAAAGAUAUUAUCAUGUUAAAGUUGAAAGUGAUUUUGUACAUCACGCGCUUUUGUUGGCGAAAGAUAAAAGCAUGAAAUUGGAGAAGUUUGCAGGAAUUCCAUUUAAACUUCAAUAAAAAUUCAUUU